AUGGACCAUAGCAGUAACGAGGUUGCAAUGGAAGACCUGCCAGCUACACACCAUGGUGGUAGCGGAACGAGUAGCAGCGAGACAUCAGACACGGGAAGGCAGCAGAACAAGGAGGUGGGCGUUCCAUGCGAGAAAAGGUGCGGAGUAGAAUCUGACCAUCCUUCAGCACGGGUUGGGAAGACGGACAGGCUUGCGGUGAAGCAUCGUGUCGAGUGUACGGAAUGCGACUGUCCCCCUGCACAGGGUCUAACAGAGCAGACGGACAGGCAUGCGGUGAAACGUUCUGUGGACGUACGCUUUGAGUACAAACACAUGGCCAAACACACUGGCAGAAAGCCUUACAUUUGCGGUGAGUGUGGAUACCGGACGGCGGACAAGACUAUCUUAACCGUACAUAUGAGAAUACAUGCUGGUCUGAGACCGUUUAAGUGUGACCAGUGUAACUAUUCUGCUACACAAAGUGCAACUUUACGCCAACACAUGACCAGGCACACUGGAGAGAAACCCUACACGUCCCACACAAUUUGA